GCACGGAGUGAGCCGGGGCGCGGCCACGGGCGCUGCGAGGGGGACACCCGCCCGGCGCCGCUGAAUGGGCUGCGGAGCGGGGUAAGCUCCGCACUCCGGCCCGCACCCCUGCGCCUGGAUUUCCAGCCGGAGGAGGAGCGCUGGGCGAGGGCAGAAGACGGCGAGAGGCUGCCGAAUGCCAGAGACUCAACGGAGGAGAGGAAAAGUGACUCCAUUUUGCCCAACGUAACAGCGAUAUAUUCGGUGAGUACUCUACCAGGUUCUACUAAGCCUGUGUCUGCAGAGAUGCCAGAUAAAACACCAGGUGCUACAGAGCCUGUGCCCAGAAGUGAAGAUGACUUCCACUUACCUCUUGAGGUUGUACCAGCUGUGACAGAGGCCCUUGACUCCAAGAAGAAGGAGGAAGAUUUGCACAAGGAGAGCAGAUCUUUCCGCUACUGUGAGAAAAACACCAUGGACCUGUCAGACAGUGACCGUCCUGUCAGCUUUAGUUCCACUUCCUCCUCCGCAUCCUCCAGGGACAGCCACUGCUCCUUCGGAAGCAGAAUGACCUUGGUUUCAAACAGCCACUUGGGUUUGUUUAACCAGGAUAAAGAGACAGGUGCCAUCAAGCUAGAACUAGUCCCAGCCAGGCGAUUUUCCAGCAACAAGACACACAAAAACUCUGCUGUGGAGCAAGAGGAUCCUGAAGGAAGCCUUGAGAAAAGGCCAAGCAUGCCAAGGAAAGCAGAACCAAAAGGAGCAAGCAAAAACUGUGCGAUGUCCCUGGUCACAGAGCCCACCAGUCCGAAGCUCCUCUAUGUAGACAGAGUCGUCCAAGAGAUUCUGGAGACAGAGAGGAUGUAUGUGCAGGAUCUAAAAAGCAUUGUCAAGGAUUACCUCGACUGUAUCACUGAUCAGACCAAGCUCUCCCUGGGAACAGAGGAGCGAUCAGCCCUGUUUGGAAACAUUCGGGAUAUCUACCAUUUCAACAGUGAACUUUUGCAAGAUUUGGAAAACUGUGAAAAUGAUCCUGUGGCUAUAGCAGAUUGCUUUGUUUCCAAGAGUGAAGAUUUCCACAUAUAUACGCAGUACUGCACCAACUACCCAAGGUCUGUGGCUGUGCUGACAGAGUGCAUGAGGAACAAGGCACUGGCCAAGUUCUUCAGAGAGCGGCAAGAAGCACUGCAGCAUUCUCUGCCCCUGGGCUCUUACCUCUUGAAACCUGUCCAACGCAUCCUCAAGUACCACCUGCUUCUGCACGAAAUAGAAAACCACCUUGACAAGGACACUGAGGGCUAUGAUGUGGUGCUGGAUGCCAUAGAUACCAUGCAGAGAGUGGCAUGGCAUAUAAAUGACAUGAAGAGGAAACAUGAACACGCCAUCAGGCUCCAGGAGAUACAGAGUUUGCUCACUAACUGGAAAGGGCCAGACCUUACGAGUUACGGGGAGCUGGUGUUAGAAGGAACGUUCCGCAUUCAGCGAGCCAAAAAUGAGCGCACGUUGUUCCUCUUUGACAAGAUGCUGCUAAUUACAAAAAAGAGAGAUGAAAUGUUCGCAUACAAAGCUCACAUACUGUGUGGAAACCUGAUGCUUGUUGAAGUAAUACCAAAGGAACCACUUAGCUUUAGUGUCUUCCACUACAAAAAUCCUAAGAUGCAACAUACUGUCCAGGCAAAGUCGCAGCAAGACAAGCGCCUUUGGAUUCUUCACUUGAAGAGGUUAAUUCUAGAAAAUCAUCCUGCUAAAAUUCCUGCCAAGGCCAAGCAGGCAAUUCUGGAAAUGGAUGCCAUACAUCACCCAGGCUUCCACUAUAGCCCAGAGGGAGAAAUGAAAUCAUACCAGCCUAAGGAAGGCACUACUCCUCACAGAGUGAGGCGGAAAUCAGAACCCUCAUCUAGAGUCCAUAAAGUUUUGAAGUCAAAUGAUGUAAGCCCAGAUAUGCAGAAGCGGAUGGGCAUUGAAGGAGCCCUAUUAUCUCAAGCCACCAAACUAGGAUCAAGUGAAGCCCUGCUGAAUUCUAGGAAGAAGGUUUCACUGGAAUCCAGUGGGCUGGAGAGCCAGUUUCAAGAGUCUAUUGAACCAGCCUACAGUAGUGAUCAUGAUGAAACUCUUCAGACAUCUGCAACAGAACAGAUUGAUGCUGAUGAUGAAGAAGAGUCUGAACAGCAAAACUCACUGCAGAAAUCAAAAGGGGGAAGAAAAAGACUUAAUAGUCAAGCUGCUGAAAAUGUUGAAAAACGGAGAAGUCUCAAUCUCAAUAAAUGUGAAAUGCAGAGCUCCAAGGACCCUUCAGAUGAAGAAUCAAUGCAGUUGAAUACUGAUCUUCCAUUUUCCUGCACAGCUAGACAGCCACAGUCUCCUAGACAGUUCAGCACACCUCAGAGCAACUCUCUGAUCAUGAAUAUCCUGGGGGGAGGUACCUCCGUCAGAAACAUCUGGACGGACCAUCAGAUCAGGCAGGCAUUGUUCCCCAGCCGGCGCCCACCUUAUGAGAACGAGGAUGAUGAAGACGAUUACCACAUGUUUGUACCAUCAGCGUCUACAUCCAACACGAGCUCAGCUCCUGGUGGAGAAAGGAGGGGUUCUUCUGGCCGUCCAUGCAGCUGGCACUUGGGGCAAGCGCAUCAAAACGAGACUUCCAGCCCCACUCGUCACAAAAUUGUUAGACGGGCCAGUAGUGCUGGUGAAAGCAACACGUGUCCAGCCAGCACCAGGUAUAAAACAGGGGAGCGUGGUUCUCGAAGGGAAGUGAAGACAGCAGAGGGGAGCAGUAGGAAUGCGUAUCCUGAAUCUUCAGAGGAGCUGACUAUUGAUGAUAUUGAACAUGUUUAUGAUAAUAUAAGCUAUGAAGACUUAAAACUGAUGGGUCUGACAAGAAGGGAGGAAACACAUCACGGUCCCCGGAGAUCUGCUAGAGACUCUCUGUAUGAGGCUGAAAACAAAAGCAGCUCAGAUUCAACUUCCAAAAAGAAAACAGCAAAUCAAAAGAGGACCUCCAUUCAUGCUAGCAGGGAGGAGAUACUGCUCAGUAAAGAAGCACCAACUUCAAGUUUGGAUGAGCUCAGAAUUAUUGAAGACAACAUCUAUGACACCAUACGGCUUCCAGAAACAUCUCUAUUGAAUUUUAAAUGUGAACCCUUAAAAUCCUCCAAAAGGAGAAGUUUUUUGGAAAAAGACUUUGCAUAUUGUGACAAUCUACGACAUUUUGUUUCUGAGGAGAGUCUGCAGUUCAGUGAAGAUGAAGGUCCUUACCAUCGUGUUCCCAUUGACACUGACUAUUUGAGCUUAGUCGAUAGCUCCUCCAACUCUGACUCGCUGUCGCAUAAGUCUGCGGCAGAUAAACUCUCAGAAGAAGUAGACGAGAUUUGGAACGACCUGGAGAACUACAUCAAGAAAAAUGAGGAAAAGACAAGAGACCGUGUCCUUGCAGCCUUUCCUGUUUGUAAAGAUGACAUGCAGGAAAGGCUGCAUGCUGGUAGCACACCUGAACUGAGUAGAGAUGUGGAGUACUCACUGUCUACUCUCUCUCUGCCAGAAACUCCUAUUUUCCCUAAAACUGUGAAGCCCAGGGCUGCCACCAUAAGUGAGGCUAAUCUGAGGUUUGAAGACACUACACCAUGCAAGGAGAACUCUUUCAUGAGUUUGAACAGAUCUUCCUUCUCCAGUGAGAUGCCUUUUGUAGAUAGUCCAUAUGAGCCCGCCAGUAGUGUUCUGUCCAGCACACCUGCAGAGGGUGUGGAAAAUGACUUGGCUAUUAUGGAUAAAACAAAGAACAGAGUUUUUAUGAUGGCAAGACAGUACAGUCAAAAAAUUAAGAAGGCUAACCAGCUUUUGAAAGUUAAAAGUCCAGAGCAGGAGCAGCCAGCUAGCAGACAACAGAAAAUGAAACACAAAGAUCUUGCUGCUAUUCUGGAGGAGAAGAAACAAGGAGGUCCUGCUAUUGGUGCCAGAAUAGCUGAAUAUUCCCAGCUUUAUGACCAAAUUGUCUUCAGGGACAGUACGCCUAAGGUCCAGAAGGAAUCCGGGGCCACUCCUCAGGAGCCAUCAUCAGCUGGGAGGUUUUCCACACCCAUGGCCAAAUGUCCUCCCCGUUCCCAGCCUGCCAGUGAAUGCUCAAGAGCAGAAGAUUGGCUUUUGCAUUCCACGUACAGUAACGGUGAGCUGGCCGACUUCUCUCCGUGUUCCGAAUCCCAGGACCCAAAGUCCAAGAACUCAUUUACAGAAGCUGGUACAAAAAGCAAUUCGAAGCAGUUGCCAUCAGCUGGCUCAGUGCCUUCCCUUCAGAUUUCCAACCGUCUGCAUGUCCCAGCGCAGAGGUGGAGUGCCAUUAUAAGCCAGCCAAACAAAGAAAACUUGCAUCAAGAUCAUGUCUAUAACUCGCUGGGGAGGAGAGUAAGCAGUGUAAAACCACAGGCAUACAGCAGGUCGCAGUCCUCGUCCUCAAUAGUGGUCAACAGGUCUGGAGAAUCAAUUGUAUAUGAUAAUGAAAUUGAUAAGAAAAGACUCCAUUUGAAUAGGAACUUUCGAUUCAACAGCCAUCAGACUCCUGGAAUUGCUUCAGGAUAUACAGGGCCAGAGAUGAGAAAGCAGAUCCCUGAAAACUAUUCAGAUAUGAUUCUGCAGGAUUCUCAAAAGGUCCUGAGAGUGAACAGAGCCUCCCCUCUGACAGCACAGAUGGCUACUCAGAACUAUUUUUUGAAUUUCAAAGAUUCUGAAGAAGGAGAAGGGGAUGAUGAUGACUAUGUUGAAAUAAAGUCUGAAGAUGAGGGAUCUGACUUGGAGACUUCUCAGAACCAAACAAGGAAAUCAGAUCCUAAACUGCGUAACACAGAUGCUGUUCCUUCUGAAAUGUUCUGUGGCAAAACUGUCUCCUGUACUCCUGCAAAGUCUGCUAGCAGCAAACACGCACUUACCCCAUAUCUGACUGCAUACAGUGAUUCGGAUAAACUGAACGACUACCUGUGGAGAGUACCAUCUCCUAAUCAGCAGAAUAUUGUCCAGUCUUUAAGGGAAAAGUUUCAGUGUCUCAGUUCAAGUAGCUUUGCUUGAUGCUUUCAGUAAUUUCUAGCUGUACUGCCUUAUCAUGAGAGAAUAUAUACUAGGACAAUCAGUACUGGCAUCACGUAUUUCCAUAAUAUUACACUAUCAGGCAUUGUAUCGCAAUAAUGUUGUAAAUAGAUGCAAAAUGUAUCUUUUAAAAAAUGGUUUCGAAUCCUGGAUGUGAAAAAGGCUGCAUGUGCGCUGUCUGGGGUCUCUCUGUAGCACAUGUGAACUUCUCAUCUCCUACUGACCCUUCACAUCUCUUCAUUUCUUAGGUGUGAUACCCCGUGAUUCUUGCCAUCGAAUCAGGUGUAAUAACAUUUGAUUCUUAAGCCAUUUCAUCAUUUGGAAACCCUGGUAUUUAGACUUUCCGGUUGGUGUCCAGUGUUCUGCAUCCAAAAUACCUGUAUGAUUACUCUGCUUACAUACAGGAGCAUUUAGCUGGGCAGCUGCUCCUGUGACUGUGCAGAUUUCUGAGCAGGGUUCUGGUGAUUACACCAACAGGCUACGUGUGCAAUUGCACAUAACCUUUUUGCACGUUACUUUUCAUCAGGCAGAUUCCAAGUGUGUGGGACCAAUGCAUAUGCUACAUUAUUUUAGAGCAAGCUUCUUACAUUUUAAAGAAAAUCUAGUCCUAGCACUUGUGUCAGGCUGAUAGCUCUGUGUCUGAAGCCUCUUCUACUUUCUGGAACUGCACAGGAGGCAGAAGACAGGCAGUGGAGGCUUUUUAUGAGAAUCUGUGGAUGUGACACAGUCCUUGCCUGGGGAAUGGUUUUGGCAUUAGAAGGGGAGCUGCACUCCUUGUCAAGAGGGCUAGGCCAGUCUUGGUACCUCCAGUGAUGGUGACGCUUGUGACACACAAGCAAGAUCUGAGUAUCUUGAGUGUCUGAGUAUCUUGUGACACGCAAGCCAAAUCUGAGUUCAGCACCCAGAAGUCAAAAGCUGCUGGGUAGAGUUUGAAACAAAGCUGUGUGACCUGCUAGGCAGCUGUUCAAGUCCCAGUGUCAGUGACCCUGUGAGAGAAUGAGGCCUGGCCAGAUUCUUGGGUGAAAUACUAAUUGUGGGGUGCGUUUGGCCCAUAGGGUGGUUCAGUGACACUGCUGGUUGAGUGACAAGCUGCAGUCCCCAGGGCAUGCAUCUCCUGUAGCAGGAAGUGACCCUUCCUGACAGAGAGAGGUAAAAAAUACCUUUUGUAAAUCCGUCAGUGCUGACUCUAAUCCAAUUCAUGUACAAUAAAAAGUAGCUUAAAAAUGAGAAUACAUUCCAUUCUUUUGCAAAUAGUGUAUAGAAUAGAUGCUGCCGUUUAGAGCAAGGACAGGCUUUCCAAUACCAUCUGCACUUAACUUCCCUUCAUCAUCUUUGUUGCACAGGUUUGGAUUCUGUUAGUUGAAAAAACAUUGUACCGAAAGGAAAGCCUAGAUACAUCUACACUGAUCAUCUUGUGUGACUGUCGUUCUUUUUUGGUGCUUACAUUUUUCAGAUUACAUGGAUAAAGCCAGUACCGAGUUAAACAUAUCAAUAAACAAAGGAAUUCCAUUGAAAUACUAUUUUUACUAACCACCUAUCACUCCUCUCAGUGCUCAGUACGGAGCACUGUACUUCCAGAACAGCUGAUUAUUUACUGCAUUGGUUACCAUGAGGAAAAACUGAAGUUAUCAGUGUACAGCUAAUUACUUGUAGACUAAGAUUUGAGGACUUGAAUUUAUUAGAACUGACUAAAUUAUUUACCACACGUAUCUUGCAUUGGCUAGGAAUUGUUAUUUUGAGGGCUGGUUGGUCAUGGUACUUACUAGCUCGUACCACAGGGAUACUUGUUACAGUCAGCGCACUCCCUGUGAUAGGACCCCUAUCUAUCUAGUAAAAUCCGACUGAAAAAUAAUGUUGUACAUAUUUAAGACGCCGAGGUGUAGCAGAGCCCAUAUUUAUUUAAUAUAGCUUGUAAAGUAUUGUAAAUACGGAUAGAAAGUAAAUCUGUGGGCGCUCAUCUAGAUUUGUUUAAACGGCUUUAGGAGAAUGUUUAACUCGCAUCUCAUGCAACCAGUGGAAUCGGGAGGGAGGGGAAAACAACCAACCAACCAGAAAAAAGGGACUUCUACUAGUAUUGUAACUUCUCCCAGGGACCAUUUCAUACUA